AUGGGUGGUUGUGCAACCCGUCGUUCAGCAGUUGAAAUUUAUCCAAUUCAUCGUCGUAUUUCGAUUAUCUCAAAUGAAUCGAAAAAUGAAAAGAUGUCAAUCGAUACAAAAAACAUCGUUGAGUUAUUUGAUCAACUUACUGGAGAUAUAAAAAACUUUCGUAUUCGUUUAAAUGAAAAUCAUAUUCAAAUCAAUGAAUUAAUUCAUAUGGAUCUACUAAAUCAUAAGUUAAUAUUCUUAUUGAAAGAAACUCUUCUGAAUAUUUUAAUAAAAUGGACAUCAUUUUCAUUAACUGACGAUGAAAUGAAUCUUUUUCGAAAUAUUUCCAUGUUUUUCUUUGAAAUCAGUCAAUGUUUUAAUCGGCACACACCAAUGAAUGUUUAUCAAAGUUUUUUAUCCACGAUGCCAUUUAUUGAUUUGCUCAAUGAAUGUCUAAUCAAAAUGUUAUUAAAUGGCAAGCAUUUCGAUGAUAAACAUAAUUUGAAAAGUUUCACUUAUCUUCUGAAUACGUUUCGAAAUUUUCAAACAAAUUCAAGUCAUUCAAUCGAUGAAAUUCCUUCAUUAUUUCCGCUGAUUCUAUCAGUUAAUAAUCUUCUUCGUUCGAAUUACUAUUUCGAAACAUUUCUUCACUUAUCAUCCGAUAUAUCCGAACUGACCGAAUUCGAAGAUUUCAUUUUAGACAAAUGUUCAAUGUUCAUCAUUUCUUACAAAGGUAAAUCUUCGACGGAGGUUCACGACGAUCUACUUGAACAAACAUUUGAUCAAUACAUUCAAAUCUUCGAACAUUUUCUACCUCAUAUUCAAUCCUGGUCAACAUCAUUCAUUCUUAUUUUCACACAUAUGGUCGAUAUCAUGAUCAAUGCAUCAACCACAACACAAACUCAUAUCUUUCAACAACCGAAACUCAUUGAUUAUGCUUUAGUCAUCGUUAGCAAUGAUCAACUUUGUUCAAAUUUGGAUUCUUUCACUCUUACGCCGCAGAUCUGUUUGAUGAAUUCGAUUCUAACAGGUUUACAUAAUAUGAUUUAUGAGCCGAAACUUUUAGCAAUGUUAAAACGGAAAACCAUGACUAAGAUUUUCUUGAAGAUCGCAAAUACCGCGUCAUACGAUCGCAUACAAAUUCAUUCAUAUUUGAUUUUAGCCGGAAUUUUAAGUGAAGAUGAAAUACAAAAAUUGAACAAUGCUAAAGAAAUUACGAAAAUUUUCUACAAAUAUUUACGUAAAGCGAUCAAAUCAGAAGAGAAAACGUUCAAAGGUGUGACGGUAAUGGCAAUACUUUCAGGAUUGAAGACACUUGUUCAACAUGAAGAAAUUAAAGAAGCAAUUCGAAAUGAGGAUCAAGAGUUGCAAUUACUUUCCGAAAUGGUUUUUACGAGUAAUGAACAAGAAUUAACUGAAGUCUUGAGCAUUUUGUGGACAUUAUCAUUUAAUGAAAAUGUCGCAUUGAUUAUCCGAAAGAAUCAGCGAUUAAUCAAUCAAAUUCGAAUGUUAGCUACGAGAUCAAACAGUGAAUCGAUAAAAAUGAACAAUAUCAUUUGCAGUGCAGCUGAAGGAAUUUUAUGGCAAGUUGAAGAUGAAGUUACUCUUCUCGAAUGUAAAAAAGAAGUUCAAGAUGAUCAACUUCAUCAUAGUUCAAUACCCGAAUUAUCACUAAGAAAGAAAAAAUACGAUAUAAUGAUUAGUUAUUCUCACGAUGACAAACAAAUUUGUCAUAGAAUCGCUGAUUCUCUUGUUAAUGAUGGAUUUCUUGUUUGGAUUGAUAAAAAUAACAUCACCGGUUCCACAGCCGUUGCAAUUGCCGAUGGAAUUGAAAAUAGUGAAAUAGUUUUAAUCGGAAUGACUUUUAGUUAUAAAAUAAGUCCAUGGUGUCAAAGAGAAAGUAAUUAUGCAUUUCAAAGACAAGCGAAGAUCAUUCCAUUGAAACUACCGCCUUCAUAUACUCCCGAUGGAUGGCUUGGAUUACUCUUAACUAAUUUGAAAUAUAUCAACUUUGUUAAAUUAGAUUUCGAUAUCGCCUAUGAACAAUUGAAACGAGAAAUUGAAUCAUGUAAACAACAAAUAAAUGUUUCUCAUGUCAAUGCACCAAAUGUGACAGUUAUUCAGGCAAUGAUCGACUCUAAACAAGGAGAAUAUGUUUAUCCACCUGAAUCGAAUGGUUUGUACAAAGCAAUUCCAAUGGAAAAUUGGACUAGUGAAAAUGUGAAGGAUUUUCUGAAUGAUAAAAAGUUGUAUCCGUUUAAUUUACUCUGUAAAGAUAUGAAUGGUUCGGCACUCAUCCAAUUAUACAAAUUAUCAAAUGAAAAUUCAACAUUAGCUUUUGAAUCUUUACAGAAACAACUAUCGAAUCAAUUUAAUCAUCAUCAUUUAUCUCCAAUUGAUUAUUCAAGAUUUAUCGGUGAAAUAAAAUCAUUCAAUGCACCGUCAACACAAUCACAUCUUUGUGUAGUUAUGUGA